UAUAUAUAUAUAUAUAUAUCCUCUUAUCUCAUUCGACACAUCCAUCAACAUUAGCCAACCCUCAAAAAUUAAUUCACUUAGCAAUCACAUAAUCAAACACUAAUUUUCUCUCUUAGCUCUUUUCAUGGACCUCAAAGCUCUCACUUCCCAAGACGGACUCCUCGCUCUCUGCCUCAUAACUCUCGCCUCCAAGGAAACUGAUUGCCGAUCCUCAUCCUCCGACGACGCCAUGAGCCUCUCCUUCAAGUGCACCAUCUGCGGCAAAGCGUUCUCAUCUUACCAAGCUCUCGGUGGCCACAAGUCUAGCCACCGAAGGCCCCCAACCGGGCUCCAACUGACCCGUGUCAUGCCUGUGCAUUCCGGGUCAAGCACAGGCAGCGGAGGAGCGCACCAGUGCAGUGUCUGUUACAGGAGUUUUGCGACGGGGCAGGCGCUUGGGGGGCACAAGAGGUGCCAUUAUUGGGACAGCUCUUCGAGCCUAUCAGUUUCGGGCUCAGGUUUGGGUUCGAGUAUUCGGGAUUUUGAUCUGAAUUUGCCGGCGGUGGUGGAGUUCUGGGGGGUGGAGGAUGGGGAGGAGGUGCAGAGCCCUCACCCUUCUAAGAAGCUGCGGAAGCUAUGAAAGUCUGAUGUGUAAAAAUGAAUUCAAUGAUUUUUUUUUUCGGUGUCUUAUUCUUUUUUAGGAUUUUGAAGGUUUCGAUCGACUUUUAAGGGAGUGGAAUUUUUGUAGGU